AUGGUGAAUGAGACUCCUGCAUCGUUAUCACCCGACCGGUCGGAGUUCCAGACAAUUCAAACAGUGCCUUUCGAGAACACCGUUGCGGUUGACACCCCUCUUGCGAUUCGGUCGGUCUCGUUGCCCACGCCCCAUGCGCCAUCAGGCCCCAAUGGCAGGUCCUUAAGCACGAGCGCUGCGUCAACUGGUUCUGGUGACAAUUCGGCGCCCAGUAAUCCGUUUUCUCGGCUUAGACCCUUCACACCCUCCGGAGAUGAUAACCGAACCGUUCGAUCGGAAGGCCCGCCCUCGUUGCGGAGCGUACCCAGCAUCACAGUGAAUGAACCAGGAGCCCGUCCUGGUUCACGACCGGGCUCUCGUUGGUCGGAGCGCAAAUGGGGAGGACUGAGAAAACGAUCGGGGGAGAUGGACCGGAAACUGAGCUCGGAGGGAUCGCCCCCUCCAGUGCCUCAGAUCGAACGUUCGUUCGCCGGAAUCCCCCUGGAUAUACCUACGUCCUCUCUAGAGGCUUUGAACCAGCCGAUGAAGUUCUCCAAUCGUGGAAGCUUGAUCAAGAGUGCAAUGAAUCGUCCACACCCAUAUCGGCCCCAGGAUAAGCUAGAGGAGCAUCCUGGUCAAGAAUUGGGCAAAAGCACGCAACCAGAAUCGAAAGAGCACUGCGGUCAAGGAAAUGGCCAACUGCCAGGGGAGGAGUCGAGAGAUACCCCAAAACAGCAAUCGAAUCAAGCUUCCCCCGAGGCGACGCCACCUCCCUCCACAGCGAAAUCUCAGCCUGAGGGAGAAAAUGGAACUCCGAAGGUUGUCCCUCGACGAGCCAGUACCCUCCGGCCCAGACAAAUGAGUCUUCCGAGCAGGGCUAUAUCAGCAGACGAAGAAAUGCUGUCACGCCGAGUCCGGCUAAUGUACGAGAAGGGCGAAGAUAACGUCACGGACUCUGAGGUCGCGAAAGCAAUAGCCUCUGAGAAUGGUGUUCUGUGGGAAGAGGGCGCGCACCCAGAAACCGAGACAUCUGAAACACCAUCCAUGCUGGGAAAUGAGACCAACGCCGAACCGAAACCAAGAGCGUCCGCCGAAGUAGAGCGGCGUCGAAUCAAGAGAGAAACCCAGGAACUAGCAGGGGGUGCUGAGUACUGGCAAAAUGUCGGUGUCGAAGAAGUUGACCGCUACGGUUUCAUUCGUCCAGCGACAAACUCGAAGGGAUCUGAGAUCAAUCCUCUACAGCGAGUUACCACUAGCCUGCUGUUGGCAUCUGAAACACCUCGACGGAAGCGGUCUAUCCGUCCACCAACUGCCCCGGCCAGUAAUCGCUCAUUCAAUGGCCCUUCUCUAAACCGCAAGGUAUCCCAGAGCUCGUUGGGUAACCGCCCCACUUCGUCACAAAGCAACUAUAGUGCACCGUUGCGCCGCUCCACCUCACGCCUUCGCACUGCGACCAAUCGCCUUCCUCAUAACCGAGACCGCAAAGCCAAGGAUGAGGCAGCUGAUAUGCUUACUCUACCUUCUGAGUCCGUUCCUGGCGAGAGCGAGGACACCCAAACCACCCGUGCGAUGCGGAGAAAGGAGUGGCAGCGUGAAGACAAGUGGACCAAAAUGGCUAAGCCCAAGAAGAAAUUCAAGGACGGCGGCGGUAUGACAUUUGAAUUUGAUACGCGGAGCUCAAAGUUGAUUGAGCGAACAUGGAAAGGUAUCCCAGAUCGAUGGCGAGCAACUGCAUGGUAUUCUUUCCUUGAAGCCAGCGCCAAGCGCCAUGAGGGAAGUCCACCAGAAGACGAGCUCAUUGAGGCCUUCAAUGAACUGCAGUAUGUGUCAUCGCCUGACGAUGUCCAAAUUGACAUUGAUGUUCCGCGCACAAUUUCUAGCCAUAUCAUGUUCCGGAGACGAUACAGAGGUGGCCAAAGAUUGCUCUUUCGCGUUCUUCAUGCCAUGUCCCUAUACUUCCCAGAUACGGGCUAUGUACAAGGCAUGGCAGCUCUCGCAGCCACUUUGCUAGCAUACUACGACGAGGAGCAUGCCUUCAUCAUGCUUGUCAGGCUGUGGCAACUGCGUGGAUUGGAGGAACUCUACAAAUCCGGGUUCGCCGGUCUAAUGGAAGCCUUGGCCGACUUUGAACGCGAGUGGUUAGCCGGGGGAGAAGUGGCCACAAAACUGAACGAGGUUGGAAUCCCACCCACGGCCUAUGGCACACGCUGGUACCUCACGCUUUUCAACUAUUCAAUUCCCUUUCCGGCUCAGCUUCGGGUUUGGGACGUUUUCAUGCUUCUUGGUGAUGCCGAAGAUAGCACUGGCCCUCACUCAAAUUCUGCGAAGAACAAAGAUCAGCCUGAAAACCCUAGAACUUUUGGUCAAAGUCUUGACGUUCUGCACGCUUCUUCUGCCGCUCUUAUUGACGGCAUGCGAGACAUUAUUCUCGAAUCUGACUUUGAGAACAUCAUGAAAGUUCUUACCAGUUGGAUCCCCAUCAAAGACACCGAGAUGUUCAUGCGUGUCGCCAAAGCAGAAUGGAAAGUACAUCGCCGCAAGAGACACUUUUAA